AUGGAUUAUCAGCAGAAGCAAUCACCACCGUUCAACUCGACCAUGGAUUAUCAGCAGAAGCAAUCACCACCGUUCAACUCGACCAUGGAUUAUCAGCAGAAGCAAUCACCACCGUUCAACUCGACCAUGGAUUAUCAGCAGAAGCAAUCACCACCGUUCAACUCGACCAUGGAUUAUCAGCAGAAGCAAUCACCACCGUUCAACUCGACCAUGGAUUAUCAGCAGAAGCUAUCAGCGCCAUUCAACAAGUGGUCUGAUUCAAAGGUUAGUAGAAAGUAUAUUGACGAUGAUGUUGCCUUCCAUGUUCUUUCAAAACUCCCUAUUAAAUCAUUGAAGCGCUUUGGAUGCGUACGCAAAUCAUGGUCCAUUUUAUUUGAUAAUUCUCAUUUCAUGAACAUGUUCCGCAACCAUUUCAUAUCUCAUCGCAAUUUUGAUAAUUAUCAUACAUUUCUCCUCAUAUCUAAACGUGAUUGUGCUGAUGGUUACCAUGUUGAAUUGCAUUUGCUCGAUAGUAAAAUCAAAUUAACUUUGCCACCUCCAUUUUCAGAAGAUGAGUAUAUGAGUCCUAGUAUUUUGGGAAAAACAAGUGUUAAUGGUGUUUUUUGUAUCGCGCAAGAUAAUAUAAGGGUAGAUCCAAAUAGGGACAGAUAUAUAUUGUGGAACCCGACUACCGAGGAAACCCUUGUCAUUCCUCCUAGCCCCGAUCAACUUAUACCAAAACACCCUCUCGUUUGUGUGUUUCAAAAGUUUCAAGGAUUUGGUUAUGACCAAGUAAGAGAUGACUUUAAGGUGAUUCAGUAUGUAUCAUUUGAUAGCUCAAGUUGUAAUGGCUAUGACCCUGAUUCUCCUCCACCACAAGGUAUAAUGUAUUACUCUUUUUUUGAGAUAUAUAGUCUAAAAAAUAAUUCUUGGAAGAUACUCCACAUAGAAAAUAUGUCUCUACGGUGUGUUAAUGAUGGAUUUAAUAGUGACGAAUUGUACACGGAUGGUGCAUGUCAUUGGUUGGUUAAGGGUAAACGUGAUCAAAUACUGAUGGUGAUGUCAUUUGACGUGAGUCAUGAGGUGUUCUUUACAACACCCAUCGAUGAAAGAUCUGAUUUGGAUAAUGGACACUUGGCGGUGUUAAAUGGGUCAAUUACUUUUAUCAUAAAUCAUGACAACAAUAAUAUUUUUCACAUAUCUAUUCUAGGUGAAAUCGGUGUGAAAGAAUCAUGGAUCAAACUAUUUAUUUGUGGCCCCGCGCCUUCCAUUGACUGGCCCCCAAUUGGAUAUGGGAAGAAGGGAUACAUUUUCUUUAGAAAAAUUAAUGAUGAGCUAGCCUAUGUUGAUUUGAGCACCCAAAUAAUUGAGGAGAUUGGUGUUAAAGGGGAGAAAUACUGUUGUAAGAUCGGAGUUUACAAGGAAAACCUUUUCUCAAUUUGA